AAACCAAAAACUCUCUCACUCACUCACCAAAGCUUCCGCCUUUUGCAUUUUUUUUUCUUAAUCUUUCAUAUGGCCGGGGAAGUUUCAGCCAAAGACUACCACGACUCACCUCCAGUACCGUUAUUCGAUCCUGUGGAGCUAACCAAGUGGUCCUUUUACAGGGCUUUGAUAGCUGAGUUUAUAGCUACUUUGCUGUUUCUAUAUGUCACAGUGCUGACUGUGAUUGGCUACAAGAGCCAUGUUGGUGACGACUGUGGUGGUCUUGACCAUCUUGGGAUUGCUUGGGCCUUUGGUGGCAUGAUUUUCAUUCUUGCUUACUGCAUUGCUGAUAUUUCAUAUGGUCACAUUAACCCAGCAGUGACAUUCGGGAGCUUAUUGGCUCGUAAGGUGUCGCUGAUCCGAGCCGUGAUGUACAUGGUGGCUCAGUGCUUGGGAGCCAUCAGUGGUGCUGGGAUCGUCAAGGCCUUUCAGAAGGGUUAUUACGAAAGGAAUGGUGGUGGUGCCAACAUGGUCUCUCAUGGGUACAGCAAAGGCGCUGGAUUGGGCGCCGAGAUCAUAGGGACCUUUGUGCUUGUAUACACCGUCUUCUCUGCCACUGAUCCCAAGAGGAAAGCUAAAGAUUCCAAUGCUCCGAUUGUGUAUUGUAAUGAAUCUAAGGUUUUGGCCCCACUUUCCAUUGGAUUUGCGGUGUUCAUGGUUCACUUGGCCACCAUCCCAAUCACUGGCACUGGCAUCAACCCCGCUAGGAGUUUUGGUGCUGCUGUUAUCUACAACAAGGCCGAGGCCUGGGAUGAGCAUUGGAUCUUUUGGGUUGGGCCAUUCAUUGGUGCAACCAUUGCAUCUCUCUACCACCGAUUCGUGAUGAGUGCAGGUGCUGCGUAAGCUCUUGGGCCAUUCAAGAGCAACCCCCAUGUUUGAUUAAUAAAGAGGCUUAAUUAUUUGAUUCCUGCUUCAUGGUUCUCCAGGUAAAUGACAUUGGAAGAAGGAUUUGAUAUCUUUAGAAGAAUAAUGGAGGAGUGCUUAUGCUCGUGUAUGAAUGUUUCUUUGGCUUUCUUAAUUUCCUUAGAGAGUUAUUAAAAGGAGCAUAAAAUUGUAGAUAUAAAGCCUGUUUGAUUCCCCAUGUUUCCCUCUAUACACUUGCCUUUGAAUUUACUUGUGAGUUGUUGUUUUCAAUA